AUGACCUCAUGGCGGUGGUUUCGGUACGGUCGGAGGUAUCCGUGGCAAACCAUGGAUAUGUACAGCGAUCAUCUAAGCCAGUGACAGUAGAGGCUGAGAGUUGGGCAGGGCCUUACAAUUUUCUUAUUGAUGGAUCCAGGGUGUCAGGCCUGUCAUCUUGAUUGGGGAGGAAAUGCAGGGCAUGAAUUCGCUGUGAACAGGGCGAUGACGUCCUUCUCACAUCAGAGUCCCGGACCGUCAGAACUCUCUCGUGCCAGCUAUUAUAACUAAAUGAUCAAAUGGCACCUCGACGGUCUUCAAUGUUGAUUUAAGAUCGCACAACUUUUCUUUCUUGAUCAAUUGCAUCAAGUUGGCACAUCUGAAGAUGCCUGAGCACACACGAAAGCACAAGGUGGCCGUGGUCGGUUCCGGUAACUGGGGAUCCACCAUCUCCAAGAUUGUCGCAGAAAACACUAAGGAACAUCCCGACCUUUUCGAGCCAGAGGUGCGCAUGUGGGUAUUUGAAGAGGAAAUCGAGGUUCCAGAAUCCUCCAAGCACCACAAGAAACUAGGCGGCCAGAAGCGUAAAUUGACUGAGGUCAUCAAUGAGGUCCACGAGAAUGUCAAGUACCUGCCGGACAUUGCCCUUCCUGACAACGUCGUAGCCGACCCAGACAUCAAGUCGGCCGUCAAGGAUGCUACCUUACUCAUCUUCAACCUUCCCCAUCAGUUUAUCGGCAAGACCCUCGAUGGUGUUGUCGGGCACCAUCUCCCCUAUGCGAGAGGUAUCUCUUGUAUCAAGGGCGUCGAUGUGUCAGACGGAACCGUGACUCUCCACUCCGAACUCAUCAUGGAGCGACUCGGUAUCUACUGCGGUGCCUUGUCCGGCGCCAACAUCGCUCCAGAAGUAGCGGCGGAGAAGUUUUGUGAGACGACCAUCGGUUACGACACCCCUCCGAUGGAUGCGAAUGAGCGUAAUGGGUCGCCGAAGGAUAACUUGAUCAAGAUUGAUGAGCAGCGGCAACAUAAGACCAAACCUACGCAUGUCAAGCUACACCCGGUACCAAAGGAUCUCCCUGCAGUCGAUGCCGAGCUGUGGGAGACUCUGUUUGCCCGCCCAUAUUUCCAUGUCAAUCACGUUCGCGACGUUGCCGGAGUGGCUCUAGGAGGUGCCCUGAAAAACAUUAUAGCUUUAGCAUCGGGCUUUGUUGCAGGAAAAGGCUGGGGAGAAAAUGCCAAGGCAGCAAUUAUGCGUGUCGGCAUCCUGGAGAUGAUUAAGUUUGGUCGGACGUGGUUUCCCAAGUCUGUGGAUGAGAGGACCUUUACUGAGGAGAGCGCGGGUCUAGCGGACGUGAUUUCCUCGUGUAGCGGUGGGCGGAACUUCCGGUCAGCCUGUCAUGCAGUCGAGCAGGGGGUCAGCGUCAAUGAAAUCGAACAGAAGGAGCUCAACGGCCAGAAGUUGCAGGGGACUUCGACGGCUUACGCUGUUUAUGACUUUCUCUCGAAGCACGACCAGCUAAAGGACUUUCCGUUGUUUGUUGCAGUUCAUGACAUCCUCGAAGGAAAGUCUACUGUUGAUGACCUGCCGGCACUGCUAGAUGGGAAGAAGAAAAAGAAGAAGAGCGCCUGAGGGUGCGUGAUCCCGCUCAAUGGUUUCCGAACCUAGAUAAUGAGACAUGACACGUUGCUAGAAUAUCAAAUGCUAGUCAAUAGAUGAAUAAGAG